UAAGGGAUACCCCAUAAAACCGUAAAGGCCGACCCUGGGUCCGGGCGCAUCCGGAUGGGCUUCUCGGCCGCAUUUUCCCUCCAGGCGCUCAGGCUGCUGUGGCCGGAGCUUCCGUGUUUCAGAGAGCGGGAGAGACAGACUGUUCGCGCCGGUCGCGGUCACCCGCGGGGCUCCCUGCAUACGCGCCGGGUAGGGCAGGGUCCCGGGCACAGGGCGCGGCGGAGCUGGUGACCGCACGAGGCCGGCACUUUUGAGGGAGGCAAGGAGAGAAGCAGGAAGGAAGCCAGGGCCGAUCUACUUCCUGAAUCGCCCACAAACCGCAGAGCCUGCCCCGGCCGAGGUCGGUCCGCGCUGCGCCACAAUGUCCGAGACUUCAGCCAGGAGCCUGGCGAAGGGAAGCGCGCCCCCGGGGCCUGUCCCGGAGGGUCUCAUCCGCAUCUACAGCAUGAGGUUCUGCCCGUUUGCUAAGAGGACGCUUCUAGUCCUGAAGGCCAAGGGAAUCCGGCAUGAAGUCAUCAAUAUCAAUCUGAAAAAUAAGCCUGAGUGGUUCUUUAAGAAGAAUCCCUCAGGCCUUGUGCCAGUUCUGGAAAACAGUAAGGGUCAACUGAUCUACGAAUCUGCCAUCACUUGUGAGUACCUGGAUGAAGCUUACCCAGGGAAGAAGCUGUUACCAGAGGACCCCUAUGAGAAAGCUUGCCAGAAGAUGGUCUUUGAGUUAUUUUCUAAGGUUCUGGCUAAUAAGAAGACAAAAUUCUUUGGUGGCAAUUCUCUAUCUAUGAUUGAUUACCUCAUCUGGCCCUGGUUUGAACGACUGGAAGCAAGCGAGUUAAAUGAGUGCAUAGACAGUACUUCAAAACUUGGACUCUGGAUGGCAGUCAUGAAGGAAGAUCCCACAGCAUCAGCCCUCUUAAUUGAUGCGAAGAGCUAUAAAGGUUUCAUAGAUCUCUACUUACAGAAUAGCCCUGAGGCCUGUGACUAUGGACUCUGAAGGAGGCAGGAGUUAGCAAUAAAGCUAUGACUGACAUAUUGCUUCACUAA